AUGCCCCCUCCGGACAUGCCUGCCGACCAGCAACAGCAUUGCCAAGACCUCACGUUCCAGUUGCUGGACCGCACGCUGCACAGCUACAACGAGCGGAACGACAGUAGAGACCCGUACUCAGGAUCCCCACGCCACCACGCACACCUCGACAACACGCAGUGGAAGCAGCUCAAGACGCAGAAGAAUGCUUCGCUUUACUCGGAGCGUGUCCACACGCCGCAGCGGGAUCUCCAUCUCCCCGGCGACAACUGGGACAACCCGUGUGUGCUGCUGGCUGUGGGGUCGAUGGACAGCACCCUGGACGAGGUCAUGUUCGGCCUGGAGACGCCUGACUUCCUCGCGAUGCAAAUCCGGUCCGAGGUGGUCGGCAAACAGCCCUUGGAUGGAGCCAUCUUGGAGCAGCUUACAGAACCUACACAGGCCGACCCGUACCAGUUCAUGGGUAUCACGUGGAUGGUGGGGGAGCAGAGCUGGCCGCUGAGGAUGAUCGUCCGCCCUCGGGACUUUAUCAUCAUCUCAGCCACUGGCGUAGUACGCCGUCCUAAUGGAGAUCGUGUCGGGUACGAGGUUGUGCAGCCCAUCGAUUUGCCGCAGUGUCCGCCACUUCCAGCGCCGAUGGUGCGCGGUAAGCUCAUGUACGGCGCCAUCUAUUGCCAGCGAGAGAACGGCACGGUGGACGUGUAUAUUCAGAUGUACGUGGAGACGCAGGGUCGUCUCAUGGACAAGCUAGUUGUCGCUGCGAUGUGGGAGUCGACACUAGGAUUCUGGAGGGCGCCGCAGCUUUCCGAGAUGAAGAAGCUGCAGUGGUGUAUCGAGAACAAAAGCGUCAAGCACCAGGAGCAAGUAUCUGCCUGGGCACGAACCGACAUGAGCAUCGAGUCGAGGCAUUGCGACAAUUGUCUGAGGAAGAGAAGCGCUGCGUCUCGCCGUGCCAGUGUCCCCGUGAGCGAUGAAAAGUCGUGA